AUGGCUUCAACCACUUCGUCGACGCCGGCGGCCAAGAACCCCGUUCUUCGCCGUACCGUCACUUCCACCACCACCGACACCGACGCCUCGGUGCCCUCGACUGCCGUCGCCUCGCCGAUCGACUCUCCCCGUCCUUCGGCUUCCUCCACCUCUCUGUCCUCCCUGGCCUCGGAGACCGUCGAGAAGAAGUCCUCCUACGGCAAGCUGUACGACACGUACGGCAACGAGUUUACCCCUCCCGAUUUCACAAUCAAGGACAUCCACAAUGCCAUCCCGAAGCACUGCUUCGAGCGCUCCGCCUUGAAGGGUUUCAGCUACAUCGCGAGGGACAUUCUUUGCCUGGCCACGACCUUCUACAUCUUCCACAACUAUGUGACGCCCGAGUACAUCCCCUCCAAACCUGCUCGCGCUGGUCUGUGGGCCAUCUACACCAUCCUUCAGGGUCUUUUCGGCACCGGUCUCUGGGUCAUUGCUCACGAGUGCGGUCACCAGGCCUUCUCGCCCUCCAAGACCCUCAACCACACCGUCGGCUGGGUCCUCCACUCGGCUCUCCUCGUCCCCUACUUCAGCUGGCAGAUCUCCCACAGCAAGCACCACAAGGCCACUGGCCACAUGGAGCGUGACAUGGUUUUCGUCCCCCGCACUCGCGAGCAGCACGCCAGCCGUGCCGGCCGCAUGGUCCACGAGCUUGCUGAGCUGACCGAGGAGACCCCCAUCUUCACCUUCAUCAUGCUUGUCCUCCAGCAGCUCGUCGGAUGGCCCAACUACCUGAUGACCAACGUCACCGGCCACAACUACCACGAGCGCCAGCGUGAGGGCCGCGGCAAGGGCAGGAAGAACGGCUUCGGCGGUGGUGUUAACCACUUCGACCCCUCCAGCCCCAUCUUCGAGGCCAAGGACGCCAAGCUCAUUGUCAUGUCCGACAUUGGCCUGGCCAUCACCAUCAGCGCCCUCGUCUUCCUCGGCAACAGAUUCGGAUGGUCCAACCUGUUGGUUUGGUACUUCAUUCCCUACCUCUGGGUCAACCACUGGCUCGUGGCCAUCACCUUCCUCCAGCACACCGAUCCCACCCUGCCUCACUACACUGGUGAGCAGUGGAACUUCGUUCGCGGAGCUGCUGCCACCAUCGACCGCGAGAUGGGUUUCGUCGGACGUCACCUCCUCCACGGCAUUGUUGAGACCCACGUCCUCCACCACUACAUCAGCACCAUUCCCUUCUACAACGCCGACGAAGCUUCCGAGGCCAUCAAGCCUGUCAUGGGCAAGCACUACCGCGCCGACGUCAAGGAUGGCCCGGUUGGCUUCAUCAAGGCCUUGUACAAGUCUGCUCGCUUCUGCCAGUGGGUCGAGCCCAGCGCCGAGGCAGAGGGUGAUGGCAAGGGUGUCCUCUUCUUCCGCAACCACAACGGACUUGGUACUCCUCCCAUGAAGGGCUAG